CGGCUUUUUGCGUACAGGCAUGAUGCCCAAGAUGUGGCAGGAAGUGCGAUGCGUUCCCUAGUGGAAAAGCGAGCUUGAGCGCGCGUGCGGCUGCGGGCAGGCUGCGGCUGCGCGCGUGCCCUCUUGCGCAACUGGCCCAGAAAUAUCAUCACCGUCCCUGGCGGAAAAUCGCCACUGCCACCCGCGAUAUCCUCACCCGCUGGCUUAAGACUCUGGCUUAAAACUGCCACCCGAAAUAUCCUCACCCGCGGAAAUAAAACUGCCAUCUAACGGCCUGGUGGUUCAGUUCAGUCUGUCAGUGUCUACCUCGCGAGAAUCAAAUUACGGGCUGCGCCCGUAAAUCAGCUUGUGAGGGAAGACAAUAUCAAUAUCAGCGCGAGCGAUCUCGUGACCAAGCUCUCGUAACAGGACUGCCUGGCGGGCGCUCGAGCCUUGCGCUCUACUGUCCCAAAAACUAGACCCUUCAGCAAUCCAUAUAUCAAGGUACUGGUUGCGCUCUUUGCAAUACAUGCGAUAGAGGGCAGGACACUUACAAAUCGGUCCAUCACCAGCAACACGGUUAGGCAGGGGGGCGGUCACACUCAGUGGACCCUGGGAAGGCCAUUUCAUGCGCAGCUCGCACUGGUAGAGGAUGUAAGUGAACCCUGCAGCAGCCUGGAAAGGGAGGUCAAACAUCUGGCGAGGGGACCAGCCGCCCAUCCCCUCGGCAGCGCUCGCAGAAAACAAAAAAAACCUAGCUCCUCGCCGGAUGUCGAAGACAGUCAGAGGCCCCAACCCCUCAGCGCGCGCGAGGGCUCUCGGGCGGAGAGCGCCCAGCGCAACAUAGUCGAGCUCGGUGGGGGGCUGUCCUCCUUCACCUCCGAGCGGACCGAAGACGGCGUGCCACCAAGCAGGCGGGCGAGGAGCAGCAGCUCGCAGAUGAACUGAUAUCCUAUGCAAAAGGACAACGAGCCGGGCGCCGAUGCCGGCAGCCAUCCGCGGAGACCUGCUGGCGCAAGACAGUCGGUACUCGGACCGCUUGCGUGACGCCUGGGCCCAGAAAGCCAACAAAAAGGAAAUCUCACCUUUCUCACGUUGGCCGAUCUUCCUGCCGCCCCUCCUGCUGGCCACCCCUUGCACCACGAGUCCGACUGCUGGCGCGGAGAGCAGGGGGAACGACAUCAGCAUCGUUAGCGGCCGCCUCAACGGCCUCGAGAGGGGCAGUUGGCGAGCUUGAUGGGGAACUGCCGCUGGAGCACCGUAGACUGGACGCAACUGGGCCAACACGCGCUCGACGGAGCUCUGGGCCGCGUCGCGUGCAGCGCGGAACCUAGUCAGAGCUUUAACAUUGACACUCUUCUGCAUGAGGCGCUCCAUGGCGGCGAGCUCCUCUGGGGAAAGACCAUGAUCAAGACCCCGAUUCUUGAGAACGUCCAGCUCCAACCGAUACUUGGCUUCGUCCUGCGCGUCGGACAGAACAGACUCGGCAUCAUAGGCUUGCAACUGCUGGUUGCAUAUCGGGAUCUGGGCCCAAUACUCGAAGCGCUGGCCCUGCUCGUUGCAUCACUGACGUAGAUCAACCCCCGACAUGUUGGCAAGGGUGGGCGGGAUCGGCGGGAUGGGUCCAGGAUCCCCCGCCGCAGGCGCCACUGGCACAGCAUAAACCUGCAUGGGUGCCGCUGCAAGCGCCUGGUGCCUUCCAACUGCCGCCCGAAAGACGCGUGGACCAGGCACCGCGACAGGCGCCUGCGCGGCAGAAAGGGGAACAGGCCGCCGCAGCCUCCCUCUGCGCACGUUCUUGGGCGAGCCUCGCGUGUUCAGCCCGCCCGUCAUGCAUGAGGUUGUCCUUGUUUGCCCUGGGGUCGAAAUUGCCCAUGGCUUCGUAAGGUGCACGGUGAGCGGCCGCGGCAGCCUCCAGCUCCGCGACCGCAUGGUUAUGUCCCUCGACUGCUUGAGCCAGAGCAUCACGGUGCCUGGCCACAGCAGCGAGACGAAUCUCCACUUCGUACUGGGCGAUCCUCUCAGCCUUCGAAUCCUGCUCCACCGCCUGCGCCAACGAGGUCCGCUGGAGCUCGACACGCUUGCCAAAUCCACUAUCAUUGGCCAACGGCGGCGUGUCAGAAACAUCACGGGGUAGAACUUGCGCGCAUGCAACACGGUAGUGCUCGGCUUGGCCAGGGAACAGGCCCAGCAGCCUGUCGAACUCGGCACCCAAAUCCUGCUGGGCCCGGAGGGCGCGCUCCACAUGUCGGUAACGCCCUGCGCCCCAGUACUUUCCACCACACUUGGAGCACCGCACGUGCCCAUACUUGUCACAUUCCCGAUGUCCACAUGCCGAACAUACUGAGGACCCGCCAGAGUAGGCACCACCUCGUGCACGCUGCUUCCUCUGAUGCCAGGGCGCACGCCAGCGCCAGGCCAUGACUGGGUCAGGAACGAGAGGAGAAGAAAGAAACCCCCACGGGAGCGAACACGGAUACUCUUGCCACAACGCAGAGCCUUGGCUACGGUGCAGCUAAAGGUAAUCGCUGGUUCUCGGGCCUCUAUAACCCUUCACAACGUUAAUCUUUGAG